AUGGAGGAUUUGCUACUCAAAUGUUCUGUCCACAAGGACGAGACACUUAAAAUGUUUUGCCAGGACCACAUACAGCUGUGCUGCUCUGAUUGUGUUCUACUGAAUCACAGACAGUGCACCAACGCUGUACAGAGCCUGAGGGAAAAGAGCAAGAAAGAAUUUGAGUUCAUAGCCAGCAGGAAAUGUCUGAAUAAAAUACAAGAGUCUGAGACAUAUCUGAAGAAGAACUCUGUGAAGGAUCAGAGUUUAAUAAUAUUCCAGGCAGAUAUUGACAUUGAGCAGUUCCUGUCUAAAAAGUCAGGUUUAGGGAGGAUUGUAGCAGUGAAUCCAAACCAGGUGUUAACAGUGAAGAGAAAGGCCCAGUAUAAUGUGAAAAUAUCAAGUGACAGAAAUAAGAUAUGCUUCAUCGCAGGUAUUUGCAUCCUUCCUAGCGGCCAUGUCAUCAUUGUUGGUGAUAAUAAUAGAAGAAUUAAGCUAUUAGACAAGCAGUACAAUAUAGUCAGCCACUAUCACGUAUCAGGUUCUCUACAUGACAUUUGCCUGAUUACAUCCAGUGAGGUGGCUGUGACUGUUGGCAAAGAUGUGCAGUUUAUAUCUGUGAGGAAUGGGCAGCUGAUGACUGGGAGGAGGUUUCAGUUACUGAAUCGUGCUUACGGCAUUUUCCACCAUCAAGGCGCAGUGUACGUCACCUCCGGCACUGCCCUGUACCACUACACUCUGACUGGGACUCUUGUACAAAAGAUGUAUGGAGAUAUAGGAGUUGGCAAUAGAGUGUUGAUGUGUGCAUUGAGUCCUGCUGGGGACAGGGUUUAUGUUACCAACUAUCACCAUCUAACACUUGCCAUGGAUGCCACUGAUAUCUACAUUCACUGACCCUGAACUACACCAUCCAUGGGGUGUUCAUGUUACACCUAUAGGGCAAGUCCUUCUCUGUGGAAACGCCUCCCAUACUGUCAUGCAGGUGGAUCAUGAGGACAAAACGAAGCUGGCACAGAUAGAUGGAGUGAGCAGACCAAUGUCUGUCUGCGCCAACAAAAAUAUUGACCAGAUCGUCGUGGGACUAAAUAACAACGAAAUAAUUGUUAUGGAACUCCAAUAGCUCUACAUGUUGUAUAUAUAUAUCCUCUGAGUACAGUGUAUUGAGCGGUAAAGGAAACAAGUAAAUAUUUUCUAUAUUUAUGCAAACAAUGCAGCAAUAAACAAUACACAUUGAAAUAUUUAAUUAAUUACCGUUUAAUACAUGUCAAAAUGUGUUAUAUACAGCGUGUUUAUUCCCGCAACGAUGAUAGUUCCAUACACACAUGCACAAAAAAAUCCAAAACGCGCGUCGUUUACCAGGUAUCGAGACAUCACAUCCGAAAAUAGAAAGUACUCAUUUCAAUAUGCAAAAGGCAAAGGAAACUUCAAAAAAUCAAUACACUGAGCGUAUGUAUAUAAACUGAAACUAAAUGAUUUAACUUUUGUUAUAACUUCUUUUGACAAUUUAACAAGUUGCUGAUUUAUCGGUUAUUCUUUUUUGAGCAACAUGGACACAUACAAGUGCUUAGAAAUUGCAGAAACAAACUUUUGCCAUUUGUUCAAAUAAAUGUUGGCACAUGUGUUGUUUCUAUGAAAAUAUUCGAUUAAGCAUCCGAUUAAGACGGAGUAUACUCACUGAAAAUGUGUAUGAUGUCAUUUCAUCUAUUUUCGCAAUUUGCGCAGACAGUUAAUAUAUACAGUAAAUGGGUCGUAUGAGUAAAUGGUCAUGGCCACCGUAUAUUAAAACAGGUAAAUGGCAUGUCCUCAAUAACCUCAGUUUGUAUAUGGGUAUUGUUCUGAACUUUUGUGUACAAAGAGCUUAUAUGCUGACUUCAAUUGGGAUGCAUUUUGGAAAAGCCAAGAUUAAGAUCAAUUGUACUUAAAAUUAAAAACUGGUGAAUAUCUUAAGUUUGGAUGGAGGUCUUCGACUGAAAUUGUUUAUGCAAAUGUAUGUUUUAGGGCUUUAGAUUCACAGAUUUGCACACUUGUGUACGUGGCUUAUGCUGGUUGCUUACAUGCAGAUUGAUAAAGGUCAAGGUCACAGUAACUUAAAGAAAAACUGUUAUCGCCUCUGUAACUUGAGUUUAGAUGGGGGAAUUGAGAAGAGGUUGUGUGUGUAGGUAGCUUGCACGAAGACAAAUCUUGGGACUUCUGAAUUGUUUAAAAUUAAUAAAAGAGUAAAACAUUGAACACAUAUUGCCAUGUUUCUUGUUCUGUAAUAUAUAUAUAUGUCGGUUGCUUACAUGUAGAGCUAUUUUGGGGUUUGGAAGGGGCCUGUUGGAAUAAUGUCACUUUAAAUGAAUAUAAAUUGGGAAGGGGUCCUUGGGAUCAAGGUCAAUUUUACAAAAAAUAGAUUGAUUAGGGUCAUGUUUGAUCAAGGUCACUUUUAAACAAAACAACAUUUGGAAGAGGCCUGUGAGAUCAAUGUCAAUUUUACUAAACAAAUUGAGAUGGGGCCUGUGGGAUCAAGGUCUUUUAACUAAAAAUAGAUGGGGAGUGGGCCUGUGGAAUGAAAGUUUCUUUUCAUAAAAACAAAAAAAUCUGUGUCCACUCAAUAAGGGCAUACUGUGUUUAUUUUUGGUUAUCAUUUGUCUUCAUUUUGUUAAAUUCAGCUAUUCACAAACAUAUUUUUUAGAUUAACAGAUCUAUUUGAUAUUUGUUUGUUUUGGGUUUGGUUUUAUUUUGUUAAGUUACCUAGAACAGAAUAAUUGUUUUUCGUUGGUUUAGCCUGAUCACAUCUUUCAUGUUAGGUUUGUUAUGGUUUAUAUCGAGUUUGUUAAUACGUUAAAUGACGUCAUGAAAAGAAACACUUAUGCUGUUGAAGAAUGAAACGAAAGUUCCAAAACAUUGUUUAAAUGUUUGUAUUGUCAAAUUCAUGUUUUGUCAAUACUAAGAUAAAUAGCUGCAACUAUAAUACAAUAACUGUUAAAUAACACCAACAAUAUUAUUGCCAAUCCAUUACUCUUCAAAUUUGAUAUGAAUAUUGAAAUGAAUGAACAACAAAAACAUCGUUGAAUUAUCAAAAUUAAAAGCCAAUACUACGAGUGGUUAUGUGCUGUGUCCUUAUAGAUUAAAUCUUUUAUAAAACUGUUUUGUUUUUUGUUUGGCAGACAGAGCUAUAAACGUAGACCGGCAUUCGGUUAACAAAAUAAUAAAGCAUUAUUGUCUAAUUUAAGUUUGGCAUUUUGUAUUGUGAGUUAUUUUUCAAUAAACACGGCUGAAUUGCAUUUUGGGCCAGGUGGGGCGAGGUUACAGUUACUAAAAGUAGAAAACUAGUUUCAACUCAAUUGUUUUGAAUAGAGGUAAUGUGCUUUAACUUUGUGUGUGGAUUAUAUUUAUGCAUACCUUGCUUGCAACUUGAAGUAAACUCAACAAUAUUAGUCUGGCAACAGAUAAAUAUCCAGUUUCUUUGCAUGGU